AUGUUUCAAUCUUUCGAUAGAGAAAGCUUUUUUUGCGGGAACGCAGUAGGCAACGCUCUAAAAAGAGACUUUCAAUGCUAUAACGAAAUCGGAAACGGAUCCACCAAAACGCAGACUAGUAGCCCCAAAAGACUGAAAAAACCCAAGGACUGCAGAUCUAGUGCACAGCCAUGGCCUGAAAGCUCUAGAAGCCCGUCACCCACGAUAGACAACACAUUGGAGGCAAUCGCGAUGAGCAGGCGACCUGGCUCAGGCGCCGCUCACGAAUCAUCGCCGUAUGUUGAAGUGGAAGACUACAUACGAGAGGGCUACGGUUCUCCAUUCAUCAAUAGCGCCUAUAAUACAAGACUGAGUCUUGAAAACAUUACGCCGGUCAAUUAUAGUUUGUACGACGUGGAGGCCGAAGAGUUCGAAGAAAGCGAUUAUACAGGAAUGGCUAACCGAGAAACGCAAGAACAAACUCCAGAUUCAAGUCAGGAUGUGGAGAUGGAGUUGGAAUGA